AACAAGUUAACAACGCUAUAUAUAUAUGGGUUAUAUUUAUCUACUUUUACAUAAGAUAACUACAUUUUCUACCCACACAAAAGCUAGGUGGAUCCCAUUUCUUUUUUUUCUCUCUCCUCUUACAUAUGGGUCCCACUUGUAAUCUUGUUUCUACAGCAUAAGAUAAGUAUUUUCCUACAACAUAAGAAAAUUAUUUCCAUAUAUAUAUAUAUAUAUAUAUAUAUAUAUAUAUAUAUAAUCACAAUAACAUAAGAAAUGACCAUUGAGCAGUAUUAUCAACCCUCUCUCUACACACAACACAAGCUAGCAUGUGAAUGGCCUCUUCAAUCUUAUUCACUCUUCUUCUUUUCAUUUUGUCUUUUCCAUAUUCAUCUUCAUUCUCCCUUUCUGUGGAGAAACUCGAUGAAGAUGUUAUAGUUUCCCCCAAUGGCAAAUUCACUGCAGGUUUUUAUCCCGUAGGGGAAAAUGCUUACUGUUUCUCAAUAUGGUUCACCCAAACUUAUCAUAAACAUGGCCAAAAUGCCACCAUAGUUUGGAUGGCAAACCGUGACCAACCAGUGAAUGGAAAAGGCUCAAAACUUUCCCUUCUUAAGAAUGGUAACCUCAUCUUAACAGAUGCAGGACAAUUCAUAGUUUGGACCACAAACACUGACUCAUCAAACCCACUUGAGUUUCUUUUAUACGACACAGGAAACCUUGUACUUCAAGAACAAAACAAUGGUUUCAUUCUGUGGCAAAGUUUUGAUUACCCAACAGAUACACUUCUUCCUGAUCAACAUCUCACAAGGUACAUGAAGCUUGUUUCCUCAAGAAGUGAGAGCAACUAUUCCUCAGGCUUCUAUAAACUCUUCUUUGACAAUGACAAUGUUCUUCGUCUUCUUUACGAUGGUCCUCAAGUUUCAAGUGUUUAUUGGCCAGAUCCUUGGCUUGUAAGCUGGGAAGCUGGUAGAUCUACUUACAAUAGUAGCAGAGUUGCAACACUUGAUCUUUUGGGGAAGUUCCAUUCUUCAGAUGGUUUCAUUCUCAAGACAUCUGAUUAUGGGACAGUGCUUCAACGAAGACUAACCCUUGAUCAUGAUGGUAAUGUUCGUGUAUAUAGCUUGAAACAUGGACGAGAUUAUUGGUCAGCAUCAGGGCAAGUCAAGCAACAACCUUGCAAGAUUCAUGGGAUUUGUGGACCCAAUAGUACUUGUAGUAAUGAUCCAAGUACUGGUAGAAAGUGUUCAUGUCUUCCAGGUUAUAGCAGGGUUAACAAUCAAGAUUGGUCUCAAGGGUGCAAACCAAACUUUCAACUAACUUGUAACAACAACAACACUGAGUCUCGCUUCCAAUUCAUACCCCAUGUUGAGUUUUAUGGAUUUGACCUUUGGUACUAUGACAAUUACACCUUUAAACAAUGUAGGCAUUUGUGCUUGCGAAUGUGUGAAUGCAUUGCCUUCCAAUUUACACGCUUUGAGAGCCAGAGUUUCUUUAAAUGUUACACAAAGAUACAGUUGCUAAAUGGGUAUCAUUCACCCAGUUUCCCAGGAUCACUCUACUUGCGAUUGCCGAAAAGAAGUAAUUUUUCCUAUGAGAAGAACCCCAUCAAAGAUAAUAGCUUGGUUUGUUCAAGAAAUGGAACAAAACUUGAAAGGCCAUACCUGAAUGACAAAGAAAAUGGAUCAGUGAAGUUCAUGCUUUGGUUUGCGAGUGGCUUAGGAGGAAUUGAGGUAGUGUGCAUAUUUCUGGUUUGGUGUUUCUUGAUUAGAAAUGGGAAACACUUGGGUGCAGACACACAGGGCUAUGUUCUUGCAGCAGCAACAGGAUUUAGGAGAUUCAGUUACUCUGAACUGAAACAAGCCACAAAAGGUUUCAGUCAAGAGAUUGGAAGGGGAGCUGGUGGAAUUGUCUAUAAGGGUGUGUUAUCAGAUAAUAGAGUUGCAGCAAUAAAGCAACUAUAUGAGGCAAACCAAGGAGAAAGUGAGUUCCUUGCUGAAGUAAGCAUCAUUGGAAGGCUUAACCACAUGAAUUUAAUUGGCAUGUGGGGUUAUUGUGCAGAGGGAAAGCAUAGGUUGUUGGUGUAUGAGUAUAUGGAAAAUGGUUCUUUAGCUGAAAAUAUCUCAUCAAAUUCACUUGAUUGGGGUAAGAGGUAUAGCAUUGCUUUGGGUACAGCAAGAGGACUGGCUUACCUACAUGAAGAAUGUUUGGAGUGGAUUUUGCAUUGCGAUAUAAAGCCUCAAAAUAUACUUCUUGAUUCUGAUUUUCAACCCAAGGUUGCUGAUUUUGGCUUGUCUAAGCUUCUCCAUCGGAAUGAUCUCAACAAUUCAAGCUUCUCAAGGAUUAGAGGUACAAGAGGUUAUAUGGCACCAGAAUGGGUUUUCAACUUGCCAAUCACUUCCAAAGUUGAUGUUUAUAGCUAUGGAAUUGUUGUCUUGGAGAUGAUAACUGGAAAGAGCCCAAUGACAGGUAUCCAAAUUGCAGAGGGAGCAGAGUCUCAUCAUGAGAGGUUGGUAACAUGGGUGAGGGAGAAAAUGAGGAAAGGAUCAGAAGUGACAUCUUGGGUGGAAGAGAUCAUUGACCCUUCAUUGGGAUCCAAUUAUGACAUAAAUAAAAUGGAGAUUUUGGCUACAAUGGCUUUGGAAUGUGUGGAGGAAGAGAGAAACGUGAGGCCUAGCAUGAGUCAAAUUGCUGAGAGGCUACAAAGCCAUGAACAAGAUUCUUGAUGUUUGCACAGAGAAUAGCCAUCUCUUGGUGCUCAUAUUUACUAUUUUCUGUUUAAGAAGCAUAUAGUGUUUGUUUUUACUUUUGUUUGUUCUUAGUUCUUACCAACUACUAAUGGUAAAUAAUGGAGUUAAGCUUGUAAUAGAGAAAAACAGAAAGGAACUGAGACUAGUUUGAAUUUUUCUUUUUUUAUUCUAAAGAAGUCAGUGUGAGGAAUAAGUAUUUUUUAUUAUUAUUAUUUUAAACCACCGACUUCUGUGUAAGAAUUGGAUACAAAUGUGUCAUUGUACUGUGGUUUAAGAAGUGCGCAUCCUUAUCACUAUUUUGCUGAGUUAAUGCAAUUAUGAUACUUGGCAAUAUUUAUUAAUGGAUACAUUGUGAAAAACAGUAAUAAAAGGAAUUAAAGGAGAUGCUUUUGAUGAGCAAAUUGAGUUGUGAAGGUGAAACCACUCAAUCUUUGACAACCUUUCAUACAUAUGAAUUCUUGUCAAAUGUUGAUAGUUAUAAUGACUGGAUUCAAGUUCACCCUUAUUUCACACAAUAGUUAUACGCACACAACUGAAAGUAAAAAGAUAAAAAUAAAAAACAGAAAUUGCAUGAACAAUGACACAAAUUAAUGAUAGAAGAAUAUUAAA